AUGUUCGUUACAUAUGGAUUGAUCGCUGCCGCCAUCAUUGCCCUGCUCUACCCUCUGUUCCGCGCUGCAACGAGUCCAUUGAAGGACGUACCGGGUCCAUUCCUAGCCCGAUUCACCCGAUUAUGGUUCUUCCGCAGCAGAUGGAAUGGCCAUGCACAUCUGGAUAACAUCGCGCUACAUGGCAAAUAUGCCAAGGAUGGCCAAUUCUUUGCGCCGAUUGUUCGCCUUGGGCCAAAUAUGUACAGCAUCUCGAGGCCAGACAAGGCUGUGUACGGCAUUGGCAGCAAGAUGCCAAAGAGCUCUUGGUACGAAGGGUGGAAGCACCCAAGUCCUGAGCGUUGGACGAUGUUCCCUGAUCGCAACAUCCAACGCCACGCCGAAACAAGGCGAAAGUUCCAAAGCAUGUACUCUAUGAGCAGCUUACUACAUUACGAGGAAUACGUCGAGAGCACUCAAGACGUCUUCCAAACUCGACUUGAGGAAAUGGUCCAAGACGGCAGAACGGUCGACAUGCACCAUUGGCUUCAAUGCUAUGCCUUCGACGUGAUCGGAAACAUCACCUACUCCCGCCGCUUCGGCUUCCUCGACCGCGGCGAAGACGUCGAAAACGUCCUCGCAUCCCUGCACUCCAUCAUGUCCUACAGCACCUUGGCAGGAAUCUACUCCUGGGCGCACCCCCUCCUCUACAAACUCCUCGAAAAACUGCCCGGCUCCGGCGCCCAAGGACGAAACUACAUAAUCCAAUACACCCAACGCCGCAUCCGCGAACGCGAAGCCGAACGGCUCCUUCAAAGCGAAAAACGCCACGACCACGACCACGACCACCAGCACGCACCCCGAGAUUUCCUCGACAUCACACUCGACGCAUCCCAAGAUCCCGAAAACGCCAUGACGCCUUACCACGUCAGCAUGAGUAACAUAAUCGCCGGUUCCGACACGACGGCCAUAUCUCUGAGUUCAAUUUUCUACCAUUUAUACACCAACCCGAAAAGUCUGAAAAAACUCCGUCAAGAACUCGACACGACGGCAGGGAGUAGGACGGAGGUGGGGAUGAAUUCUUGGGUCGCGCAUUACGAUGCGGAAAUUUUUGGGGCGGAUGUCGAGGAAUUUCGACCGGAGAGGUGGAUUGAUGCCGACGGGGAAGAGUUGAAGAGGAUGGAGGGGUUGUUUGUGCCGUUUGGAUUGGGGUCGAGGACGUGUAUUGGGAGGCAUGUUUUCGUAUUUGGAGAUUUGUAA